AUGAACAAGGCAAUAGCCGCCGGAGUUCCGGCCAUCACAAAUGCCGGAGCAAAUCCCGGCGUUAGCAACUUGAUGGCCGCAACCCUUAUCCACGACGCACAAACCGAAAACCGAGGCCAACCCCAGAAGUUGAGGUACAACUAUUUCACUAGUGGCAGCGGGGGAACGGGUCCCGGGGUGCUGUCGACUACAUUCUAUCUUCUUGCAGAUGAGGCUGUGACGUACCAUCAAGGAGAGGAAAAGAAAUUGAAGGCGUACAGCGAUAAGCGUAGUGUUAGCUUCGGAGAAGGGAUUGGCGAAAGAGAUGUUUUUUUAUUGAAUGUGCCGGAAGUGGCUAGCGCACGUAGGGUAUUUGGAGUACCAACAAUCGAUGCACGGUUCGGGACAGCGCCUUUCUUUUGGAACUGGACACUUUUGGCCGUCAUUAAACUCUUGCCUGUUGAGAUUUUGAAGGACAGGCGCAUAGUUCAAUUCUUGUCGAAAUUUUCAUACCCAUUUAUUCGUGCGGUGGAUGUAAUAUCUGGGGAGAAAGCUGCAAUCAGAGUCGAUUUAGAGUGUUCGGAUGGAUAUAAUACUUCGGCAAUUUUCAGCCACCAAAGACUAGCCGAAGCUGCUGGGACUGCAACUGCUGCAUUUGCUCUAGCUGUUCUUGAGGGAAGCACAAAGCCUGGAGUUUGGUAUCCUGAAGAGCCAGAAGGAAUCGCAGUUGAGGCAAGGGAAAAGCUUCUUAGACGCGCCGCAGAGGGUGCCAUGGAGUUCCAAAUAACGAAGUCAUUUUGCAGAAGGAAAGAGAAGCAGGGGAUGAAACUGGGGUGGAUAAAUUGA